AUGAGGUAUCAACAAAUGGACAGUCCUGUGAGGAAGGGUGUAAUUGAGAGUAUUACCUGCCUACCUGUUGGCUACCUCCCACCUCUGGACCACCUUCACUCCAAGGAAUACCUCCGUUCCUGCUCAUCACCUGCCUACCUGUGGGUUACUUCUAUCCGGGUGAGCUCACCACUACGGUCUGAUCCACCCCCCUCUUCCCCUGUUCAGGGAUCGGAGGAAUCCACAAAACGCCAGGAGGCCAAAGCUCUCCAGGAGGCAGAGAAAGAAGCUGCGCAGAAGGAAGCACAGGUGCAGCUGGAUAAAGCCAAGUGCAAGCCCGUGGCCUUUGCUGUCCGCACCAACGUGACUUACGUAGCCGCCGAGGAGGACGGCGUUCCCGUGCCCGGCAAGGCCAUCUCCUUCGAGGCCAAAGACUUCCUCCACAUCAAAGAGAAGUUCAGCAAUGACUGGUGGAUCGGCAGGCAGGUGAAAGAGGAGAGCGAGGUGGGCUUCAUCCCCAGCCCUGUCAACUUGGAGAUCAUCCUGGUGAAGCACGAGCUGGCGGCCAGGAAGGCCAAGCUACAGGCCAGCAAAGCUGGAGCCAACAAUCCGAAUGCAGCAGAUAAGGCCAACAAGUACACACCCCCCACGACGGUGGCGAAGCAGAAGCAGAAAUCGAACGAGCACACGCCCCCCUACGACGUGGUGCCCUCCAUGAGGCCUGUGGUGCUGAUGGGUCCAUCACUGAAGGGCUAUGAGGUCACUGAUAUGAUGCAGAAAGCUCUCUUUGACUUUUUGAAACACAGAUUUGAAGGGAGGAUCUCCAUCACGCGGGUCACAGCAGACAUCUCCCUUGCCAAGCGGUCCAUCCUAGGCAGCACCAGCAAACACGGGCUGAUGGAACGUGCCAGCACACGGUCCAGCCUGGCCGAGGUCCAAAGUGAGAUCGAACGGAUAUUCGAGCUGGCCCGGUCGCUGCAGCUAGUGGUGCUGGAUGCCGACACCAUCAACCACCCUGCACAGCUGGCCAAGACCUCCUUGGCUCCCCUCCUGGUCUAUGUGAAAAUCUCAUCCCCUAAGGUUUUACAAAGGCUCAUAAAGUCAAGAGGGAAAUCUCAAGCCAAGCACAUGAACGUCCAAAUGGUAGCGGCUGACAAACUGCAGCAGUGUUCACCGGAAGUGUUUGACAUCAUCCUGGAUGAGAACCAGCUGGAGGAAGCGUGCGAGCACUUAGCGGAGUACCUGGAGGAGUACUGGAAAGCCACGCACCCACCCUACGAGCAGCCACCCAACACCUUGCUGGCAAAACUCGCUGCUGCCACACUGCCCUCUAGCCCCGCCCCGAGCACCUCCAUCGACCUGCAGGUCCUGAUCCCACCUACCACUGUAAUGAGUACUGGGGGGUGUUUUAUCAAGUCUUAAUAUAUGGACUCAUUUGGUUAUUAUUAUUAUUAGUAUUUGACCUUUAGUUCCUCAUGGCAGAGUCUAAUUAAUCUGAAGUAGGAAUUUCAUGUUUCCUGGGUUUGGGCUGUUUGAACCUUUGCAGUCAGAUUUUUUUAGUUUUUAAUUACAUACCAGUCUUAACACCAUUAUUUAAUUUAACAUGUAUAAGAUACUGAAAAUGAAAAGAGCAGAGCUGUGCGAUUGUUAACUGACCAAAAUGCUGGUCAGUACCUGUUUGUCAGCAGCUUUAUCAUCACCAGCUUGUGAAUUCUCUGCUGUAGGGAAUAUGAGCAACAACAAGCUGUCCAGAUGUGCUCUUGUCUCCAGAUGUUUAAAAAGUUUGAAUGUUUGUGGA